AUGAACUCGAUUACACCAAAUAGACAGCAGUCGAUAAAUGCAGCAAUCGAUAAGGAAUGCCCGGUUUGCCAUUGUGAAAUGGUUCUGCCCACUGCCAUUCCGGCAUGUGGUCACAAAUUCUGUUUUAUAUGUCUCAAAGGUGUCAGCAUUGCUGCGUUGGGAGGAUGUCCGAUUUGUCGUGGGCCAAUCGAUGCCGGGAUUUUCGAAAAGCCAUCGCAGAGUUUGAAUCUCAAAAUGGUCCUGACAGAUUCGGGAGCUCCGUCGACAAGUAAUGCAACUGACAGAGACGUUAAACAAGAACCAGUAGACGAAGAUGUCAAGCCUGAUGUGAACGCCUUGAAUGCCGCAAUGAAUAUGCCAGCGCCCUCUAAGAUGUACUGGUUGUAUCAUGGACGUCAGCAAGGAUGGUGGCGUUUCGAUCCUCGCACCGAGAAAGACAUCGAGGAAGCGUUCGUCAGUCAGAUGCCGAUCACGGAGGUUACUAUCUGCGGACAAUCAUACAUUAUCGAUUUCGCAAAAAUGUCACAGUAUCCAAAGACCCAGAGAGGAUCCACGCGUCAUGUGAAGCGUGUCGAUAGCGACGAGUUCGACAGAAUGAACAUCAAAGGAAUGGCUGGAGUUUAUGCUGCAACCUAA